UGUAUAAUAAUAUAAACAUUCCCCCAGUGUAUAAUAAUCUAAACAUUCCCCCAGUGUAUAAUAAUCUAAACAUUUCCCCAGUGUAUAAUAAUCUAAACAUUCCCCCAGUGUAUAAUAAUCUAAACAUUCCCCCAGUGUAUAAUAAUAUAAACAUUCCCCCAGUGUAUAAUAAUCUAAACAUUCCCCCAGUGUAUAAUAAUCUAAACAUUCCCCCAGUGUUUAAUAAUCUAAACAUUCCCCCAGUGUUUAAUAAUCUAAACAUUCCCCCAGUGUAUAAUAAUCUAAACAUUCCCCCAGUGUAUAAUAAUCUAAACAUUCCCCCAGUGUAUAAUAAUCUAAACAUUCCCCCAGUGUAUAAUAAUCAAAACAUUUCCCCAGUGUAUAAUAAUCGAAACAUUUCCCCAGUGUUUAAUAAUCUAAACAUUCACCCAGUGUAUAAUAAUCUAAACAUUCCCCCAGUGUAA